UCCGGAGGAAAAGCGGAAGGCGGCGGAGCGCGUUCUCAGCCGCGAUGGCGUUCGUUUUCAGGAGAGGUCGCGAGCGGCCCUUCAAACAUAUAGCUCAUGGCCUGGUCCCUGCUGCCACCAUAGCUCCUAAACCUGCAGUUCCCCGCACCCCUCCCCCUCGUAGCCCAAACCCUUCUCCAGAAAGGCUCAGAUCUGCUUUAGCAGCAGCUAUCCUUACAACAACACUGACAGGGCGCACGGUUGCUAUUCCUCAGCCUCGGCAGCGAUCACUUUCUGAAGGUGAUUCUGCCCACAUAGAACAGGAGGGCUUUGAACCAUAUGCUACAGUCACAGAGCUCAGAAUGGGGCCUAACUGGAAACUUGAUGGCAGUGACAGAUCUCCUGUACAGUCACUGGAAAUAACAGGCAGUUACUGUGAGGAUGAGGACAUGGAAACCUAUCUUUCAGAUGCUGGCAGAGAGGCAGAAGCAGAAUCCAGCUCUGAGAGUAAUGAGGAACAGAGAGAAAGCUUUAGCACCAAUGCGAUUUAUUCAGUUCCCUAUAAAAACAAAAAGGAAGAUUUUCAACCAUCUCCUAGUAAUAAUGCUGAGAAGAAAGAAACAUCUCAUGAAAGUCAGUUUCAGGUGUUGAUGGAUGAGUCAAACGUGCAAUCUGAAGACAUCAAACGGCUUGGCUUGAAUUCAAAGGAAGAAAAAUCAUUAGCUGAAAGUCUAAUCCGGGAGAAGCCUCCACCAUCCCCAGAUGUCUCUAUUCGUGCAAGGCAAGCACGGGAAAAUAUGACUAGAGAAAAGCUCAGAGAGCUACAACAAGAAAACUGGGCUUUGAACAAGGCAUAUCAGACUGUGGGCCAAAAACUCGAGGGAAUAAAACAGCAAAUGGAAGAACAGCAAUUAAAACUGAAGAGACUAGAAGAAGAAAACAGAAAACUUAAAGAAGCUGCGAAGACGACACAUAACGAAGGAGAGACUACAGAAUUACUUUCUCUGAGACAACAAGCACAAGAACUUGUAGAUGAAAAUGAUGCUUUGAAAUUGACAGUCCAUCGUUUGAAUGUAGAGUUAAGUCGCUAUCAAACUAAAUUCAGGCCACUGACCCGAGAAGAGCAUCUAAAACUAAAUAGUUUACCCACUAAAGGACCACCACCCCCAUGGCUGCUGGAUAUGAAGUAUUUGUCUCCUCUUCUGUUGGCAUAUGAAGACAGAAUAAAAGAAAAGGAAGAUUUAAAUUUUGCACAUGAGGAGGAUAUGAAGAAUUUUAAAGUACAAGUUGAAGAGCUGGUGAAGGAAAAUGAAGACCUGCAUGAGCAAUUAAAUAAAAAUAACUUAAUUACCACUACAGAAUGGCAACAGCUACAAACUCAGGCCAGGCUGGUCUUGGAAGAAAACAGGUUGUUGAUGGAGCAACUUGAAAUUCAACAAGCUAAAGCAAAAGAUAGUCACAGACAACAUGUUCAAGAAGCUUCAAAAUUGACCAAACAGAUAAUAAUUUUAGAAGAAAAGAAACAGAGUCAAGAAGAACAGAUCAGAGACUACCAGAAGCAGCUGAAAGCUCUACAUGCUACUUGUGAAGAGCUCAAAGCCAAAGUAGAUAGCAGAAUAGCAGCAGAAGAGCACUUUGCUUUGGUGAAUGACUUAAAAAGCCAUUUACAGCAGGAGCAGGAGAAAAAGCGCUCUGAGGUGGAAGAUCUCAUGGGAAAGAUUGCAUCACUGCAAGCUCAGAACAAGAAACUACUUUUACAAAAAAAUAAUUUCCUGGCUGACAAGACAACCCUGGAAGCUGAGAUGGAAGUGACACAGAAAACAAACAGGCGAUUAAAGAAGAGAAUAGGUCUUUUGAAACAGCAGCUGGAGGAAGCAAUCGAAAAAGAAGUUGCAGCCCAUCACUAUCUGACAAACCUCAUCGGUUUGGUGGAAAAGAUAGCACAGGAACGUGAUCAUCUUAUUUUUCUGGCCAAGUGCUUGGAAAACGAGAACCAUGGAGUUCUAAACAAAAUAGUAGAAGGCAGUCUACGCUUAGGAAGGUUGGAAGAAAAAGUGAAGCUCUACAAAAAGAGAGCAGCUGGGAAACUUGGAGAUAUCAGUCUCAAAUUGACUGAGCAGGAGAAAGAUUUUGCUGGGAAGACUGCUCAGUACCAGCAAGAAAUGAAGCAUCUCCAGCGUCUGCUGCAAGACAAACAGGAAACCCUUGAUGAAGUACUGCAGCAAAAAAAAAAAGUAGAAGGUGAACUUGAAGUCAUUUGGGAAUCCACAUCCAAAGAAAACAGGAGAAUGAGAGAACUCUUACAUAAAUCUUUGGGAAAUAACAAUAUGUGGAAUACUGUUACAGGUCAUGAGUCAUACUUGGAUGAAAUCUCUCAGAAGGAUCUUCUUUAUGGACAUGAUUUUAGCUAUUGUGAUGUGAAACAAUCACCUACUAAAAAUGAAACUCAACAACAAUCUUAACAAUAAGAAUAAAGAUAGCUUAUGCAUUUUUAUCACCAAAGAUGGGACUAUUACGGAAAGAACUCUGUGCUUGAAUUUGACAACACUGAACAAUAGAACAGUUACCUUCUUCAAAAUUAAUUUAUUUUUUAGAAUCAUUAAUAUGACAACAGCAUGUUCUCUAGCUAUAGUAAUUAUGAAUAUAUGUCUACACAUUUAUUUUUUUAUUUUUUGAAGAAAAAACUGUUCCUUACUCAGGCAAAAUGUGGGACAAUUCCAAAUUAAAAUAAAACAAGUAUACAGUUAAAGAGAAAAAACAAAGCUGCUGAUGAGCUUGGAGUUGUAACACAGGCAAAGCACGUUCCUGGCUUUACAUUAACUGAACAGCAAAAAAGAAAGCCUCUGUGUGGUAAAUAACGUCUCAUUAUACAUCUUAAUUAAAAGGUCUAAUUUCAGGCAAUUCCUUCAAUAUCACCAAAUAAACCAUAGAUUAAAUACAACCAAAACUGAAGGAAAAAACCAAACAAUUUUGGUGUCUGUUCUCUGAUCUUAACAUCCUGAUUUGCAAGGAUGUUCUUAUAUUGGAUUGCCUGCCAAAGAUCUUGUUCUUUCAAGGACAGAAAUAUUUAACUGCAGAGCAGAUAGGGACACAAACAGCUUUAUGGUGUGUGAAAGCACAGCUGUCCACAAAGCAGAAUUAUAGGAAUCCAGCCAUCAACACAUUUCCUCCCAGUUUCACCAAGGUUGAUGAGAUGCUGACAGAGGAUGCAGUCCUCCUCCUGACUGAGCGGUCUGAAUCGCACUUGGAUUCAGCUGCUUUGAGGAAGUCACACUGACUUCUUCUAAAGCAUUUUCUGUAGCAGUGCCAGUCCUUCAAUUAGAAUGAUGUGUAUUCAUCUUCAUUUUCCUAAGAAUUGCUUUUUCACAUAUUGCACAUCAAUAUGAAAGUAUUUCAGUAUUAAGUCUCAUUAUAUAUUAGUUCAAUUUAGGAAUUCAUACUUAUUUUUUGGGAUCAGCUUUUUGUUUGUUGCUUCAUAUCCAGAAUAAAAACCCAAAUGGAACAUUUUAACACUGUACUGAAAUCUGUAACUAUAGAAGCUGUAUAACACUAGAAAUGUUUAAUCAUCACAUUGACUUUGAUAAAGGUAACAAAAAAACCAUAAAAAAGUUAAAUACUAAAAAGAAUGUACACUGUUACUGUAAGGGACCAGAAAAUUUCCUGCUUUCUUGAAACAUUUUCUUUCAUAGUAAAAGUAAAACCAUGAGGAAUUGGUACUGGGAAUUCAUCACUAUUUAAAAAAAGUCUUUAAAAGUUAGAAGAAUUUUUAAUUUGUAAAACACGCUCCCUGUACAAACACAACAUCGAGGUCAACUGCUUGUAAAUAUCACCCAAGGUAGAUGAACUCUGAAUGUGAACACCAAACAUUGUUAAGAAGCUUUAAGCAGUUUUACAACUUCUUAUUAUGAAUCAAAUAAAAUGCAGUUACAUGGUAUUUGAAAAUUGGUGUCAUAAAAGUGAGAGGUUAUUUAGUGAUAAAAGUUCAUGCACAUUGGAUUGUCAAAGCUUUCCAAAUACAGUCCCUCUCAUCACUGCUUAAUCCAUUUAUCAUGCAAUACAGUAGUGUCACUAGGGCGUUAUCUGCUAUCAGCUGAGGUAGCACCCAGACAGGUUUAUACCCAGCUGAUCUGGCAAAAGUUUCGGUAAUACUUAAGAAUGGUGAUUGAAGUUGCCCAAAAUAAACUUCAUUUUUUUAGUUACCAAGACUCUGUACAGUUUUUGUUAAUAUAUUUGCAUGUGUUCAAUAAAAUUGCUUUUUUCCCCUACCUCUGGAAAAUAAAGGUCCUUCAGUCUGUCUUUAGGUUAACCUAUCUAUAAACACAGUUGCUAAGUUACAUUUUAUUGCAACUUGGAUUAGGUACAUAAACCCAUCUAGAACAAGAAAAAAAAUGCAAUAUAAAAAACUGAAUAAUAAGUAGGACAGACUGAACUUUACUGUUCCAGUACAAGGUCUUUUUAUUUCACAUGUUUUCAUUAUGUGGAACACACUUUUUUUUCAUACGUUGCCACAGAACACAGGCAUUUAUCCAGCAGAAGCCUUGAUUCAACCCCAGUCACUAAAAGAAGUAACAGUAUACUUUGGUUCUAUUUGAAAUCAGAAAGAUGGGUUAGGUAGGAAUUAAGUUAUCACAUGGAGAACUGAAAACUUUUGUUUCUUUAUCAAAUACAUGCUACCAUAGAAACACAAGAUCCAUCCUUUUGAAGUUAUUAGAAAAGAUUCCUCUUCAUUUUUCAUUAAUUCCCAUAACAAUGCACUAUAACAACAUUUUUACACCACGAUAAAAUAACCAUGGAGUUAGGCACUACUGCUGAGAAGCAUACACUGUAACAUACUUGACAUUUUAGUCAAGUGAAUGAUGAAAUACAGUGCUUCUGAAACUUAUUUUAAUUUAGGAAAGGAGCAUGAAAACCAACCAAUUAUAAAUAAAGCACUGGCAGGCAGAUGAGUAAAGAGACAAAUGCAUCUCACAGUGGUGUGGAAUAAUAGUAAGAAUGCAGGAUCAGCAGUUCUGAGAAGUGGCAACCAGGAACUUCACGUAAUGACUGUACAACAUCAUAUUACACCCUAUUUCAACUGUCAGAUGUGACUAGCUUCCUUACUGCUUUACUUUUACAGCCACAUUAAAAACUCAGUUAAAAAACACUGUGUAGAAGAACCCAGUAUUAGUAUUUGAAAGAUAUGACAAAGACGUUUAUCUUAGCAAAAGGAAUAUUCCUCUUGGCCAAAGUCUAGUAGUCUAGUUGUUUCCAUCUCUCACUUCUGAAGCAAUGCUGCAAUUGUCAUUGCUGUGGCACCACCAUAGCAUCAGUUGUGGCAGUUAAAAAAGAUACUUAUGCAGUCCAUCACUGCCAGGAAUGGGUACUUGGCCUUAUUAACUUGUAAAUGAUCACAUGGAGUUCACUCUUCCUAAAGCAUGCACACAUUCUUAAACACUGUUUUCCUUACCUAAUUAAUUUAUUUGAAACUGUAUGGAAAUCAGGUCUCUGCAACCCCUGGGGACCAGGAAGAGGUACUGCCAGAAUGUUCUCUUGUAAAGAUGAUAGUUAAAGCUGUGUCAGACUGGGAAUCCUGAUAACUGCUACGUUGUGCUUAAAGUGACUGUGACUCUUAUCUUCUUCUGUUGUAGUAGUCAACAGGAAGAUAGGAAAGAGAGAUGCUAUGUAAGUGAGAAGCAAACAAGACAAGUUAGGAUAAGACUUGAACAAGGACCAAUAAAAAGUAACUGCCUGCUAUUCUUCUCUUCAAAGUAGUAUCAACAUUAUAUUAAGAGGAGAUAUUUGUGGUCUAAACAUUGAAGGUGAAAAGAAGGGUACCACUUUCAAAAUAAGCACAGGUCUGUUCUUUUCAUCUUCAAUGUUAAGUUGUAUCAACAGAACAGGUGGUCCACAUUCACCUUGCUUCAGCAGAGUAUGUGGUAAAACAAACAAAUACCCAACACUUUAAUGAAAAUAAAUUAUGUAAAAGAAUAAAACCUGAACAGUUUAGCAACUUGUAAUUCUCUACGCAUUACAAGUUUAAAGAUAUUACCUCUCACUGUAUUAGACGUGAUUGCAGAGCCGUCCCAAUUAACUACUAGAAUCUGCUUAUCUCACCUUUUCUCCUCUGAGUGAUAGUUUUUCCCCACUAUAAUUUUUUUUUUUAAACUUCCUAAUAUUAUCCAGUAGUAUAGAUUGACCAGUUUAAUUGUUUCUCCCUCUGCUACUAUGAACAAAGAAGCAACUGUGUUAAAUCACAAAGAAGCUUCUUAUCUGACAACAGUUACUGUCCAUUCCUCUUUGGAAGGAGCUUUAGGGAAAUACAAAGCUUCAGAUCUUUAACUAGCAUACAAAAACUAAGGAAUAAA